GUUCCCGUUGUGUGAGAGGCCGAGUCCCAAACGGCCUCAGCGCCGCCGCCGCCGCCGGUUCUGGGCCGGGAGCGGGGGCCGAGCCGGGGCCUCCCCGUUCCCCGGGAGCCGAGCCGCGCCUCUCCUCUCCCGCCGCCCCGAGAGCCGAGCCGAGCCUUCCCCGCCAGCCAGGGGGCCGUGCCGUGCCGUGCCUCCUCCGCUGCCCGUCCUCGCCGCUCGCCCCAGCCGGGCUCCCCCGCUCGCUCCCCGGGCCAGCCCCGCGGCCCUCCCGGCCCAGCCAUGUCGCUGCACGGGAAGCGGAAGGAGAUCUACAAAUACGAGGCGCCCUGGACCGUGUACGCCAUGAACUGGAGCGUCCGGCCCGACAAGCGGUUCCGCCUGGCGCUGGGCAGCUUCGUGGAGGAGUACAACAACAAGGUGCAGCUUGUUGGUUUGGAUGAAGAGAGCUCAGAAUUCAUUUGCAGGAACACCUUUGAUCAUCCCUACCCCACCACAAAGCUGAUGUGGAUCCCAGACACCAAGGGAGUCUACCCAGACCUGUUGGCCACCAGUGGUGACUACCUGAGAGUGUGGAGAGUGGGUGAAACUGAGACCCGGCUGGAGUGUUUGCUGAACAACAACAAGAACUCGGAUUUCUGUGCUCCACUGACAUCAUUUGACUGGAAUGAAGUGGAUCCUUACCUGUUAGGUACCUCUAGUAUUGACACAACCUGCACUAUUUGGGGUCUGGAGACAGGACAGGUUCUGGGAAGAGUAAAUUUGGUGUCUGGCCACGUGAAGACCCAGCUUAUUGCACAUGACAAAGAGGUGUACGACAUCGCCUUCAGCCGCGCGGGCGGCGGCAGGGACAUGUUCGCCUCGGUGGGCGCUGAUGGCUCGGUCAGGAUGUUUGACCUGAGGCACCUGGAGCACAGCACCAUCAUCUACGAGGACCCCCAGCACCACCCGCUGCUGCGGCUCUGCUGGAACAAGCAGGACCCCAACUAUCUGGCCACAAUGGCCAUGGAUGGCAUGGAGGUUGUGAUUCUAGAUGUCAGAGUUCCCUGCACCCCUGUUGCCAGGUUAAACAACCACAGAGCGUGUGUAAAUGGAAUUGCCUGGGCACCUCACUCUUCCUGCCACAUCUGUACAGCAGCGGAUGAUCACCAGGCUCUCAUCUGGGACAUCCAGCAAAUGCCUCGUGCCAUUGAGGACCCCAUCCUGGCCUACACAGCUGAGGGAGAGAUCAACAAUGUACAGUGGGCAUCCACCCAGCCAGACUGGAUAGCCAUCUGCUACAACAACUGCCUGGAGAUCCUCAGAGUCUAACUUUGCAGCUUCAUGCACAGUGAGGCAGGGCUGUGUCGUUCCCCCUCCCCUCUAAAGUAAGAACACCACCAGUCAAGUGGCCAGUAUCUGUUGUUGCUUUGCAUCUGCUGUUACAAGAAACUCUUAGAAGAAUCGAUGGCAGGGGUCUCCUGUCUCUCAAGACUCUAAAAUGCAGAGACGUGCUGAGCCUCUUGGAACUUCUGGGUUCUGGUUUUCUUGUGAAAUUCUUUUUCCCUCAGUAAAAGUUCUGUAUAUUUGUUUGUUGACUGUAUUAAUAAGCUUGCAGGCUUUUGAGUUGCUGCAUAUGUCCAUGUGUUUGUCAGCCAGCUGAGGCAGCACAUCCACCAGUUUAAUAGAUGCAGGUGCAAAACAAGGUGGGGGGAAAAAGACAAUGAUGUUAAUGGCCACCUUGGCAGGAAUCUUUAUCAUUCCUGUUGUUGCUGCCUCUAAACUGUUUAAACGUUUGUAUGUUUUUUAUAUAUUGGGCUAACUUUCUAUUGAGUAAGGUUUUUCUCCCUAAUUCUUACUUUUGAUAUGUGAUCCCCUUCCAUAUGUCCAAAGCAGGACCUGUUCAUGGAUACAAACCACAGUAACACUGCAGGCUCCCUGGCAGUAAAGGCCUGCCAGAAUUAACUGUUGCCUUGGCUCCCUGUAUCUGGUGACCUGGGCAGAAUUUUCUGGUGCUGUGAAGUACAAGUACUUGUUGCACAAUUUCUUUACACUUUUCUGAUGCUCAAGGCAGUUGUUACUAUGGUAGGUCUUAUUUUUAAAUUCUAAAUGAGUUUGUGUGUAUCCUGCAGUCGUGUUAGCAGAGCAGUGAUAGGUUGAGAAAAAAGAUCUGUGCAUGACGUGAGCUCCCAGGAGGUAAACAAUUCCUGAAAAAAUGUAUUUGUAAUGGGCUUGGGAUUGACACUUCCAGUCAAAUUAUUUCCCCUUGGAAGACUUACCUUAUCUAAAUUAAAAUAAAAUGGUUUCACACUUUGUAGCUUGCUUGAUUGGCAAAUAAUAUGAGCAAGAUUUUGUGGUUAGGCUGUACUUCAGAGGUAGUGUUUGGCCUGUGUUCCUGGGAGGUCUUGAAGGGAGUGCAAAGCAAUUUUUUUGUGAAGUGUAUCUGCUUUGUACUGCCAGGUCUUGUUGAAUGAAUGAGACAAGUCAGAAAAGCUGGUCUGCUAUCCAAAAGAAAGCUGGUUUUUUGAAAGAAAUUACUCCCUAAUGUGAUGCACAAAGGUGGUUCUGGAAGGAAAGAAGCUGUGCCAUCGAGGCCAAGGUUUGGCAUUUGUCUUCCUCCUGACUUUGGGGGAUGUGCCAGAGGGCUUCUCUUUGCAAUAGUGGAACACUCUACAAUAAUACUGUUCAAUGAAAGCUGAGUGGAUUAGGCAAGCUAAAAAUCCUUGCUGGAGUCUUACCAUAACACAGGUCCUGUGCUGGAGGCUCUGCAGUGCUCUCUGAUGAAGACAUGACAGCCAGAGCUGCUCUGGAAGGGUGUGCAGCCCAUUUUCUAUGUAAAUGUCAGAAAUCAUCAGAAUUCUUUCCACCUAAUGAGUAUGCACCUACAACUGGAGGCAGAUUAUAAAUAGCAGGACACUGGCAAACUUGCAUCUUGUCAGUUUAUGCAAGUUGGGAAAGCAAUUGCUGUGGAACACUGAAGCUGACACUGAGAACACUGUCAAACACAGAACAGAAUCUGCAAAGUUUUGUCAUUCUGGACGUAGAGAAAUACUCUUCUGCAGGCUGCUUCUCACAGUGGAGCUCAGAAAAGCUUUGCCUCAGGAAUUUGAUAGGAAUUCAUUAGGGGCAGCUGUAUUCCAUCACUCCUUUUGAUAGCAGAGAACCAGAGACUAACACUGCUCAAGCUGAUGUUUUGUCAGUGUGUUCAGUUGUGGGAUUUCUGACAAAGCUUGAUUUGACUUGAAGGUCAAUUUUUCUUAUUAGCAGCAGUACUGAGAGUAGUGUGCUCCACAGACAGGCUUUAGCUAGAUGUCAGAGCAGUGUUAACCAAACAAUCACUUUUUACAAUAGCACUUCAUCUGAAACUGGAAAAAACUUACCUAGAAUGAAGUGAAAAUUGGGGUUUUCUUAGCAGGAGCAGCUAAUGGCAUUCACAGCUUUAGGUGUCACCUGAAAUACAUUCACAGGCUUGUCAUGCUCUGUUUAAUUACAAAUGGCAGGCAAAAUGUGCUGUUACUAAGAGGGAGCUACCUGCAAUGUCAGUUCUUUGCAUGUCCCCUUUUUGCUUCAAAGUUUAUUCCUGUAUAGAUGGCAUGAGUCAAAGAUGAAUGCUAAAAUGAUGAGAAGAGAGCUUGUGUAAAGGAACUCGUGGUCUGAAUAGCCAGGUAGAUUGUUGGAAAACAAUCCUGUUAGGGACCUGGGGAGGAUCCAGUGUCAGUUCUUGCAUCUAUGAAACUGAUGGAAGUUUGUUUGUGGAAUUGUGUACUUAUUCCAAAUGCAUCAAAGGCAAGUGAAGGAAUCUUGGAGGCUCCAGUGGAUUCUAAAUAAAGCCUAUAUCCUGUUUUUUUAGCCAGUUGGGAUGCCUUCUGGAUCUACAGCAUAUUGCUUUGGGCAUAAUCCAUUGACAUUCUUCACAAGAAAUUACAUUUUAAAUCAUUAGAGACUGUUUUGGCACAGGGAAAUAAUACUUAAAAUAACUUCAAAGAUGUCACUUGAAAGGUUAAUGAGUGAAAAGACAUGAAAAUCCUCAUGGGUGAGAUGUUCUGUAGUGCAAAUGGCACUUUUAUAUAGACAAGGAAGGGAAAUACUUUGGUGCCCUUUUGCCAGCAGCUGCUGACCCAGUGACAGGCAGGGAAUGCUCAGCUUGGUGUUUGUCUGCAAGAUCAAACAAACCCUGACACUUGUCACUGGGGCCUGUGGAUUGAAAUAUACAGAUUAUCACAUUUCCCCUGCUUGACACUCAGUUUUGUAGGGUGUAAAGCCCCCAGAGUUCAUGAAAAGAAAUACUUUGAUAUUCAAUUUCUGUUAUUUGGUGCUUACUGCACAAGCAGAGGAUGCAGAACAACUGCUUGCAAAUACCUCAUGUUUUUUGAGUAGCAAGUAACAGUAAGGGAAAAAUGAACACAGGUGAGGUGAGGUGAGCAAAGCAGAAAAGCAUGUGCUGUUGUUGGUACAGGCCAGCCUGGUUUGGGACAGAAAUACUUCUGAGUUAUGUAGUUCUGAAUCACUUCUCCAGUUGAUUAAUUCAAGAGACUAAACUAUUGGUUAUGUUCUGUUUAAACCAAGCUUUCCACAGAUUUCUACUAUUAUGUGGGCAACCUGCUGGCUCUCAGCCAGGAGAUGUUGAUGAUGUAAAACUUGUUAGGGAGGUGAAAACCUGCAGUUAAUGAAUGUUGAAUUAGUGAGUAGUGUGCCAACUCCAUGAACUGUCUAAACAGGAGGGCUAUGCUAGCUUGCAUCUGUGGGAAUUGUCCUUGUGUGUGCAGGGAUUUAAAAGGCAAGGAUUUGGGUGCUUUGACAAUCUAUUUAGAAAGAAAACAGUGGUUUCAAAUAAUGUGAAAGGAGACUGCUAAAACAGGUUGUUUCUUAUGGAACCUUGAAAUGUAUUUAACGGGGGAGGCAUUGCCUCUCAUAAGUCAAAGUUAAUGAUCCUUUCAAAACUUAGCAGUAAUUACUUUACUGAAUGUUCUGGAUAAGAGUGAAAAGCUCUAUUUUUGCCUCGUGGUGCAAUGAGAAGCUGCCUCAGUCUCAAGUGUAGAUCACAGCCUGCCAGAGACCAGGUGAGGGGAGGAGUCUGAUGUACAGAAUUCUCAGAUGUUCUCGUGCUUGUUGUCAGUGGAAAUCAGGAGCUGAGUGUGUCCGUUUUGUUCUCUUGCAGAUGGCACUUUAACAAGUAUAUUUUUGGUAAGAUUAGGAGGAGAGUCAUCUUUUCCUCAGCCCUUGUAGGGUAGGCAUUUGUCUGUGUGGUGUAGAAAAUGUUAAAUAAUGACCGUCACCAAAAUCCUGAACUGGGGUCAUAGUGGGCCCUCACUUGUUUUUACUGAAAGCCAAAAAAUAUGAGCACUUGACAAGGCUGUAAAUGUUAAACUGAAGCUUCAUGUUCUGAGACUGACAGUGUCCUGUAAGGCCAACCCAAGGGAUGUACUGCUGUGUGUCCCCCAGAGAGUCCUUUUUGUUUAGGAACUCGGUGGUGGUUGGGAAUCCUCUUCUUUACCAUCAGAACUUGAUGGUGACAGUGCUGGGUUGCUUGUGUAGGGAUGUGCCUGUGCUUUGGAUAACUUGAAUUUUGUGAGAGAGAAACUGCAGCAGCUGCCUGGGAAUUCACACAGCCUGAAACAUUGAACUGGUUAGUGGUGUUUUAACUCUUUCCAGGCACACUGCAAAGAGUGGACAGCAGCACAGGCAAGCUCUGGCUGCACAGUUUCAGUCCCAUCAAGCACUAAAGGGCUGAGAUUUCCCUCUGCUCUUGACAAAGUGGUUCCACCACCUCAAAUGCACGCUGUUAUCCUGUCAGGUAACACAAAUUCUCUCUAACAAGUUUCCUGCUUUCUGCUCUCAGACCAAUAUUUCAGAGCAAGCCUGUACCUGCUGUUCUGUGGACAUGGAAAGCAAUGAGCAAGUCACUGUCAACUCUGUCCCAGUUUCUCUUGAUUUUUUUCAGAGAAUCCAGGGAAUUAAUUGUAUGUGGCACUUAAAGAGCACUUUCUGAUGCAGCUGUUCUUCCCCUGCUUGCCCAGGAAGAGUCAGAAAUGUUUCAUUCUUGAGGGUAUUGAGGAGAGUUUAGGAUGCCCCCUGAAUUGGUUUGUUUUCUGGAAGGGAUCUCCAGAACUUUCAGUCAGCACCUUUCACCAGCAGUAAAAAGAGCAGUAAUUAGAAAUGCAGCUAAAUGCCAGUCACUGCAGGCUCAUGUGGUGAUUCAUGGCAGACACCAGAUGCAAAGUGACUUGUGAGAGUUGCUGCUGCCUGUUUCAGGUGACAUGUGUGUCUGCCAAGGACCUCAGUGGCCUUUUGUGCAGCCUCUGACAUUUAGCAUCAAGCAAGAAUUUCCAUAGUCAUAAAAAAAAUUAUCUCAGUGGCUUCCAUCAAGCUCGUUCCUUUAUAGGAAAUCUAACAAAAUUGAGGAAAAAAAAGCUAUUUCCUGACAAAAUAUUGUGGCCAUGUGCAACUGCAAACCCAUGGUCCAGCUCCCAUUCCUUGGAGUUUGCUUUCCAUGUGCACCACUUGCAACUCCAGCCCCUCUUAGAGCUCAGGGUGGGUCUGUGGGAUCUUAGCAAGGCUGAAAGGCAAGAACCAGAGCAGGACAGAGUCCCAGUGCAGCUGCAAAAGGUACUUUGCUUGGGAAAUAGGAACUAUGAAAUCUACUAUUUAAAAUAACCUUUUUUUUUAACCCUUGGGUUGCUAGCAGUGUAAAAUGUAAUUUAAAUCCAUUGCGCCGAAGCAUUUUUGUUACCAGUAGGAGAUAAUACUUUUAGGUGUGUUUUCCCUUCUGCUCUUCCCAUUCACAGUCCUGUUGUGGUAAUUUCCUGAAGGUGUAAUCUUUGUAGCAUGAUUGUACAAACAUCCAUAUGAGAUUCCUGACUUCUUGUUCUCACUAGAGUAUGUUAAAGCAAUAGUAAUUUUAAUUCUGUCCUUUUCUCCACCUGCAACUUCGCUACUAUUCUGUCCUAGAGGAGUCCCAGUAUCCAGACAUAUAUUGUUGACAUGGAUAACUGCAGUGUCCCUAUAUUCCUUUAUUUUUAUGGAGAAAAUAUAAAAGGGUUUGUUACAAUGGAUUUUAACACCUGAGUCAUGGAACCAUAUUGUUGAAACUGUAAAUUUUAAGGCAAUUUUCUGAACUUGCUUGAAAGUGGAAUGUUGCAUCCUUUUAUGCUAUUUCCUGCUUCCUAUGUAGUUUUAUUCAGAUUUUUUAACCUUCUUUCUAAGUUUCGGCCUCCUGUGUAUUAGGUACAGUAUUUUCUGCCUUUCAUACUUUGUAAUAAAAAUGGAACAUUUGUAGAUUGA